GUUGGGAUUACCAAACAUGAUUUAUUAAAUUUACCAAAUAACAUAUAAAGAUUUAUGGGUUUAAUUGAGCGUGCUGAGCAAUUGGGAAAACUUCUUGGUGAAUGGAAGGAUAUAAAUCGAAUGAGUUUAUCACCUAUAGAUGUUCUUUCAAGAAUUUCAGAUUUGUUAGAAGAAGAAUUGACAUUAUACGCUGCUACAGAUCCAGACCCAUUUGAUGACAGACAAGCAGAUGUGUCUGAUCCCAAUUGUAUCAUUGCACAUUUAAUGAAAACACUGCAUCAAGAUGAAGAAUUUCUAUCUAAGGUUUUGACCUCAUACAUGUUUAACAGUGAGAAUAAUUUUGAGUUGAAUUGUGCUGCAUCAAGACUACUGUUAAAUCUUUUGCCAGGUUUAAACGAAGCAGACAUGGUUCAAGAUGUUGAAAUGCAAGUUGGAAAGCUACUGAGUUGGGCAAAAAAUGAAAAAGAGCCUCUGCGGACAUAUGCAUGUGGUUUACUUUCUAAAGUAAUGCUUCUAUCAGAUUGUCCUGGAAUUUUUAAAGAAAAAAAUGCUGAGUUGGUUCCAAUUUUGAUAAAAAGACUCAAAGCUUUAGCAGAAGUUCAAGACCAGAAUGCACUCUGUAUCGAUGAUGUAACUCAAAUUGAUAAAUCACUAAAAGUUGUGAAAACUUUAAAAAGAAAAUCAGAGAGAUCAAAAUUAGAUAAUGACCAGCCUACUCCAAUUAUAAAAACACCUACCUCUGCACGAAAACGGCGUUUACAUUUCAAAAAUAAAUCCACUGAGUACCGAGAUAUAAAGAUAUGUUUACAACCACUUACAGUUUGCAGUCAACAAAAAAUUACUCUUCACUACCUGCAUGUUAUGGGAGAGUACCAAGAGUUACUUCCUGUUGCAUUUGAGUUAAAUGUGAUUGAUCUUAUUUUCUAUUACAUAAAUAUAAAGACACAACAAGAUUCUGCAUUGGCAUGCAAUGCUCUGUUUUACUUAUCAUCAUUGUUAUGCCACAAAAAAUUUGUUCUUGAGUUUGUGUAUCGAGGAGGUAUACAAAGAAUUCUUGAAAUUCCUCAACCGUCUAAUGUUGCAACAAUGUCUUCUUUAUGUCUCUAUUAUAUUGCACACAAUGAAGAUGCAGUUGAACGGAUUUGUCUUUUAUCGCAGUCAACUGUUUAUAGAUUGGUUGAGUACUUACUUUGGUUAUUGGAAUGUGCACAUGUGUCUGGUCGGUGUCAUGCUGUAUUAUUUUUUUCUUUAACAUUUCCAUUCAGAACAAUUUUAAAUCUAUUUGAUUCGAUGGAUGGGUUAAGAAAAGUUUUUAACAUGAUCAGCACACUUGAGAUUAUGAGGAUUGAAGAGUCUGAGCUGUCUACAGAUGAAAGUGUAUUUUUGCAAAGGGAAAUGGUCAAGAAUGCAUGUUUAACUCUUAAAAAAUACUUUACUGCUCAUGUUUCAAUUAUUUAUCAUAAUUUAAAGCGUUCAUUGGCUCGUGUGAAUAACAGUUCUCCUCCUCCUCCUACACCAGCAUACAAGAGUAUGUUUGCACCUUCUGAAGAUGUCCAAGACUAUAUUGAUUUCAUUCAUGAGUAUGGAUCAGAUGAUGGUGGAAAUGAAUGUGAAAAGAGAGCAGUUUUGCUUAACAUCACACCACUUCUUGUGCAACUUGUUGCUUUGGCAUCUAGUUGGAAAAAUUACAGUAACAGAAUUGAUGUUAUUGUAACAGCGUUGGAAUCCUUAGUUGCUAUGUCAUUUUCUCGCCGAAUUACUUUAAGUUUUUGUCAACAAAUAGAAGUCUCUUCAACAGAAAGUCAAUCUGGCAUUAAGAUUUUACUGCGAGCUGUUGAAGGUGAGCUUGUACCUGAUGUGACUGUUCAAAAAGCUGCUUUAAGAGUGCUCUGUAACUGUGUAUGGAAAAGUCAAAAGGAUGGAAGCAAACCAAAUAAUGCAAGUAAUCAAGUGCUUCAAAAAAUUUGGUCAUCUGUACGGUUAAACAAUGGAAUUAAAAUACUCAUGUCAGCUCUCAAUACAAAGGUUCCCAUAACAGAAGCUGAUGCUAUUAGGACACUUGCUUGCAAGGCAUUGUGCGCUUUAUCUGUAAAUGAACACAUAUGUCAAGUUCUCAGUAAGCUGCCUAUGUUUCACAAUGAAAAUUUUCAUAUUUUGAUGAGAGAACCAGUGCUGUCAGAUCACAUUCGAGAACAUACAAAAUUUCAAAAGUAUGCUUCUAUUUUAAUUGAGCGUGUAACUGGAAAGUCAUUUCAAAUGCAACAAUCCAGUGCCAUUCCAAUGUUUACAGCUAUUAAUAAGGCUGACAUAAUCAUGCAAACAAAGAUUACCUAUCCUCAAAAAGAGUUGCUUUCAAUAAUUCAUGAUCAUCUACGAUCACAAGGUUUAAAUCAAACUGCUGAUAUGUUGAUGUCAGAAGCUAAAUUACCUCAAGAAAUAGAAUUAAAACCUCCAGCGACACAUUGGAUUGCCGCAAACUCAAAAACACCUUUGUUUAAAAAUUGCAGCCCAUCCUUAUUGGUGAAGGAACCAUUUACACCUCUGCAAUGUAAAAAACUUUCAGUUGCAUCACCAUUAACAGAUCAAAAGUCGUUGACUCCAUUGCGUCGUCCUUCUCAUAAUACUGUUUGUACGCCUGCAUCUAUGAAAUCAAAUAAUGACAAACUUAUGCAAGAUAAUCAAAUUCAUGAUGUCAAUCAACUAACUUUGGAUAGCAUUGUAACAGGAUAUUUAAGAGAACAGCAUGCACAGUGUGCAAACCCUAUUGCAACUUGCCCUCCGUUUUCAUUGCUUAGAAGUCAUCAUUGUCCUGAACCACAGUAUAGCUCUCAUGCUUCUGGAAAUAUUACUAAGCGUUUAUAUGCAAGACAAACUCGUCCAAGACAUGGGGGAAUCUAUGGAAGUAAACACAACAGACGUUACUUAUACAGCAAAUUUCGCUCUUCUGGAUGCAUCAAAGACACUGAAGAAGAUUGUUUAUUUACAUGCUGUGCUUGGUUAAAUAAUGAAGGUAUAUGUCUAGGAACUCAGACUGGUGAUGUGAAAAUAAUGAGCUCCAGUUAUGGACAGGAAGAUGUCCUUCAUUCAUGUCACGGUGCUCCAAUUUCAACAUGUUAUGUGUCAAGGAAUGGUAAACUGAUGACAACUUCUGCACCAUUUGGUGCUCCACUAGGGGCUGUUUGGGGAAUUAAUUACAAUGAUGGCCAACCUGUUUCUGUUGAGCUUAAGCUAGAAUUAGCAGAAGAUAGUUUGCUCCAGUUUAGUCAUAGCGAAGAAAGAGUUGUUGGAACUGAUGAUGCCACUGCUCAUGUUUACGAUUUGACUUCUGGACAACUGAUUCGAACAUUUUAUGAUCAAAGAAAUGCAAGCUUUUAUACAAAAAACUUUGCUUGUUUUGGCCCUGGUGAUGAUCUUCUACUUAAUGAUGGUUGUUUAUGGGAUGUGCGCUCGAAAAAAUUUAUACAUAAGUUUGACAAGUUCAAUGAUUUUGUUAGUGGUGUUUUCAAUCCUUCUGGUCUGGAAAUUAUUAUCAAUUCUGAAGUGUGGGACAUCCGCACUUUUCAUCUUCAUCACACCUGUCCUGCACUUGACAUGUGUCGUAUAGUAUUCAGCAACUUUGGUGAUAUUAUUUAUGGAGUAAAACAUUCAACAAAAAAAGAGAUGCUUGUUGAUCAGAGCGGAAUGCUAGGACCAUAUGAAUCCACAUUCCGAACAUUUGAUUCCUACGAUUAUUCUGCAGUGGGUACUGUUGAUGUAAGAAAAACAAUAUAUGACAUCUCACCUAAUCCAAUUGAUCAGGUUUUGGCUGUCAUCGAGACUGGUAGCAGCAUAUCGAGCGUAGAUGUGGACACAACGUGUCGGUUUUACGAUAUCGGAAAGUUAAAGGGUAGCGAUGAUAGUGAUGAAGAACCAGAUGAUAGCGAUUCUGAUGGUCAUGAAGAUCCUCGUGAUGACGUUAUGAACCAACUUUUUGAUAACAUUUUUGCAGGAGAAGAGUUUGACGAUGGAGAAGACGGAGAUGAGUCAUAUGAAACAGAAUCAGAAAAUGACGACGUAAUAUUUGAUGAUGAUGAAUCGACUCUUGAUGAAGAUGACGACGAAGAGGAUGAAGAAAAUAGCGAGUUUGCUAAUUAAUAGUUAAAAACCUGAAUUUUGCAAUAACAAA